CGGCAACAACCGCAUUCGCGAGCGAAACACGUUUUCGGCUGGACGUGCGUGAGCAGUGCGUUCACAGUGAAGGUCGUACUAGUGGCCUAUAAUAACAUCAUCCCCAGGUGGGGACCCCCGUUCCAUUGUGAGCCUGUGUUAUCCAGCUGGGCUCUACCAACCGUACAGAGGCAGAGGCAAAACGUGUCCUUUCGUUGUAUCGUUUCGAUGUGCAGGCAUUUGGCUUGUAGUGCAAAGUGUAGAGAGUGCUGAGCCUUAUUACGCCUAGAUUACGCCACACUACGAAUCAUCGCGAUUCCUCUCGAGUAUACCGUGCGGGUGUGCGUAAAUGCGUGGUGGAAUGUUUAUUUGCUAAGUGUAUUAGCGUUGCGUAGCAAGGUGAAGCGUAUUUGCUGGUAGAGAGAAUAUUGUUAACCGAUUACGGUCGAAACAAGAUGCAACUGCUUACGGUGGCGUAGCAAAAGUGAAGAGGUCAUAGUGCAAAAGUAUGUCACCCAGAGUGUGAAGAUAGGCCACUCUGGGCUUGAGCGUGAGAGCGUGUGAAGCGUGCAUUGGGCCGUUUGACAAGUGCAACCCGGAACAGAAUCCCCGGGAACGCACACCAGCACGUGUGUUCAAUCAGAAGACGACAAGCUAACGAAGUCAUUACUAACGUGACUCACCCGCCGACCAACAUCAAUCACCGGAUUCACCUUCCAGCAGCGAGGUUGACAGUCUGCUGCAGCAAUCGGACGAAACCGAAACCGUCAUGACCGGCGCAAGCAAGGAAUUGAGCCCGGAAAAGCAAUCCGCACCGCCGGAUGCGUCCGAGGUGGCAAAAACCAAGGACGAUAGCAUCAUGUCGCUGCUGUAUUCGUUCGCCAAAAAGGUGGUUACGGUCGGUAUCAUCUACUUCGUCGGCUACAUGGGAUGGUCGGUGGCGUGGCUCAUCACACCCGUCAUCCUAUCGGUGGCGCGCGAAUCCUGGCGCAAAACGAAUGACACACGGCGCAGCGUAGCGAAGGCAUCGGCACUCGCGAACGAUAAGGACGUCAUCCUGGCCCGUCUGCAUGAUCUGCCGGCAUGGGUCUUCUUUCCCGACGUGGAACGUUGCGAAUGGCUCAACAGGAUCCUGAAGCAAGUCUGGCCAAAUGCAAACUUUUAUGCGAAAAAUCUCAUCAAGGAAUCGAUUGAACCGAACAUCCAACAGGCCAUGGCAGCUUACAAGCUAAAUGGAUUCAAAUUUGACCGUAUGAUCCUGGGAACGAUUCCCCCACGGAUCGGUGGUGUCAAGGUGUACGAUAAGAAUGUGUCGCGCAAUGAAAUCAUUAUGGACCUGGAUCUGUUCUAUGCUGGCGACUGCGAUAUUAGCUUCGCGCUCAGCGGGCUCCGGGGUGGCAUCAAAGACUUCCAAAUACACGGCACGGUGCGCGUGAUAAUGAAGCCACUAAUUUCCCAGAUGCCUCUCAUCGGUGGGUUGCAGAUAUUCUUCCUCAACAAUCCGAACAUCGACUUCAACCUGGUUGGGGUGGUCGAUCUGCUCGAUAUGCCCGGGUUGAGUGACAUUUUGCGAAAGAUUAUCGUCGAGCAGGUGGCCGCCAUCAUGGUGCUGCCGAACAAACUGCCCAUCGUGCUGAGCGACGGUGUGCCGGCCUUGUCGCUGAAGAUGCCGGAACCUGAGGGCGUACUUAGAAUUCACGUCGUUGAGGCUAAGGACCUGAUGAAAAAGGACAUCAGCGUGCUGGGCAAGGGAAAAUCGGACCCGUACGCCAUCAUUUCCGUCGGUGCACAACAAUUCCGCACGCAAACCAUCGACAACACGGUCAACCCGAAGUGGGACUACUGGUGCGAGGCUGAAGUCAAUGCCAUACUCAGGCAAGAGAUAGAACUCAACCUGUGGGAUUGGGAUCCGGGUUUCCCCGGGGUACAGAACGACGAUUUCCUUGGCAGAGCUACUGUGGAAAUCAGCAGCGUUACCAAGAACGGUGAAAUCGAUACGUGGUUGACAUUGGAACAGGCCAAGCAUGGACUUGUGCAUCUUCGCAUGACAUGGUUCAAAUUGAGCUCCGAUAAGGCUGAUCUGAGGCAAGCUCUGGAAGAAACGCAACACCUGCGAGUGACAUCAAUGAGCACCGCUCUGCUCACUGUUUUCAUUGAUUCGGCUAAGAACUUACCGCAAGCGCGUCAACAAUCACAACCGGACCCGUACUUGGUCCUUUCGGUGGGCAAAAAGAACGAACAGACCUCGGUACAGAUGCGCACGGAUGCGCCAGUUUGGGAGCAAGGUUUUACCUUCCUGGUGGGCAAUCCGGACAAUGAUACGCUCCAGCUGAAGGUGAUCGAUCAGAAGACGGGCAACACGAUCGGUUCGCUCACCUACAUUCUGAGCGCACUGAUGGAGAAGAAAAAUCUCGAGAUCAUGUCGCAACCGUUUCAGCUGCAAAAGUCGGGCCCCGAAUCGAAGAUUGUUAUGUCGCUGUCGUUGCGCGUACUGAAGCGCUACCGGGAGCAGGAUGCAGUGGCCACCACUCCGGACAAGGCGCCCUCGUCCGAGGCAGACAGUGUCUUAUCACGUACGAGCUCCAUCCGUACGGCAACAUCCCACGGUUCGCAAUCGGCUGGCGGUCUGCAACAGCAGCAAUCGCUGACCGAUUCGAAUGCAGCGGAAGCGGCCGCCUUAUCCCACCAGGGAAGCAUCCGGAAGCAGGACUCGCGCAAAUCAACCACUUCGGCCAUUAUGGAGCAGAUGUCGAUCCAGGAGGAACCGUUCGUCGUGUCGACGCUGAACACGGUCAUGAUGGCUACGCCACCCCGUAGUCCGAAUCUCAGCGACGGCGGUACGGAGCUGCUACGUCGCAGUCCGAGCACCACGUCCUCGGCCGGAUCGGCUGGACUGGGACGGAUUCAGCUGACGGUCGCGUUCAGCGUGCAACGGCAGCGGUUGCUGGUGAUCGUGCACAAGAUUAGCAAUAUACCGCUCAAAGAUCCUAGCAACAUUCCGGAUCCGUACGUGAAGCUGUAUCUGUUGCCGGGCCGCUCGAAGGAAUCGAAACGCAAGACGAAUGUGGUGAAGGAUAACUGCGAUCCCGUGUUUGACACCACGUUCGAGUACAUCAUCUCCAAUGCGGAGCUGGUCAACUCGGAACUGGAGGUGACAGUGUGCACACAGAAGGGAUUCUUCGGCAGUCCAGUUAUUGGCAUGCAAAAGCUCACUCUCAACGAUCCGGAUAUUUCGAGUGGACAAGGCAUCAAAGCUUGGUACGAUCUGCUGCCGGAGUCGAAAUUCGAGUAAAUCCUGCCCAUCUGCAGCACACAAGCGCAAGAGGAAGGUGCAUUUUAUUGUGAUGCUGCUUAGCGGAACUAUUUGUUAGGGAUUAGCGUGUUGUUGCACAUUGAGCAUUUUAUUGAGCACAUGAAACAAACAAAAAAAACACGAAAAACAUGUUUGUAUUAAAGCAACGCCCAUGAAUUGAGGAUGAUGGAAAGAUAUUUUGUAGCAAAACAAACGAUCAACGUGAUGCCAGUGAAGGGGACAGAUAAAGCGAAUCAGUUGUGUCGUUUUUUUGUGUUUGUUAAAUGUUUUAUAUAUACAGCUUACUUUAACGGAGCAGCAGAACAUUGUUUUGCACAGAUUUUUAUUAGAGUACAGAGUUGUAAAACGGAGAUAGCAGCAUUCUGCUAAAAGCAAAACAUAAAUGUUGGAUACAAUAAUUCUGUCGUAGUUUACGAAUUUCACAACGAGUUUAGCGUACGUAGGAUGGAAACUAAUACAGCAGCACCUUUGAAUUGAUUAUACUUGAAAGAUCGAGUUUGAGAAACUUUAGCAUGCGCUUAUGGUUGGAAAUUCUUGGUAGUGCGUAACGGAUGUGGUCGCUAGAUAUGAUGAAGCUUAGCGUAACCGUUUCUUGUAUUUAAUCAGCCGCGAUGAGAUAGCACGAUGUUUGCUAAACUUCAAUUACUACUUCUUCCACUUUCAUGUAAAAAAAAUCAUCACAAUCUUUCAAUCCAUUUGCUAGAAGUAGACGUGCAUAGUUGAAGUUAUAGCAUAGCUUGCUUCAAACGGGACUCCAUCUGCCAUUUGCCGGGAAACCCGAACGAAAGUUGUCUCCAAAAUGUGUCAAUUAUCAGCCCUCACUGCUUCGGCCAGAGGUGGUGGGUAUCGUAGAGGAAAAAGUAGAUACUGUUUGUACAAGAGUACUGGCACAAGCCGGGCGUCUUGUUGCUAACUGCGGGAACAGAGCACAUUACCGGGAGGUGUUGCAUCACCCGGAUCACCGGAAUCGAACGAAUGCAAGAAACCGAGAGUAUUGAGUUGUUUGCUUCAUCGCAUGAUAAACGUGUCCGGUGUGUAAAUACUACUUUGUGACGAUACACAGCACACCUUAGUAAAAGCACAUGCACAUUACCAGCAGAAUAAAUACGCAUCCAUCCGUACUUGAUCCGAAUACCGUUUUGUCGUACGAUCGCGACAACAAGAGAGAAUAAAAAAAAGUGAAAAAGAAUAAAUCCGUACAAAUAGUAAUGUGUACACACAUCGGUAAAGCCAACAUCUAAAUCAAUAUAGCAGUAAUUUACCACAGAGCUUAUAGAUUUAUAGCGAGAGCUACAGCUUACGAAACUACGCCACUGUCCACGAUCAUGCAUUUGUCUUUUCGAACCAACCGAUGUGCACCCAGCAUUCUUCAGCUUUUGAUAAAAAAAAUCUUCUAUAUAACGACGUUUUUUAAACUACACUCAAACAUUUACAAUCACGCACGGCGCGUUCGUUCGAGUAGAAUACGAGUGAGAAAAAGGAAGCCUUUUAAAAGCCAACAUUCAACAAGUUUGUCUCAUAAUUUGCACGUAACUUACAUCGAUGCACGUUUGCUUGUAUUAUGCAUAAAAUUUUAGAAUUUUAGAAACAACAUCAUUCGAAAGGUUCAAAGUGUGCGUAAGAGAACGAUUCAGAACAUGUGCUGCGAGUAAUUUAAAAACAAAAAAAAACACAUUAUUAGGAGCUGAAGGUUGUAAGCCGCUUUCUUGAGGAGAUAAUAAAGCCUUCGUCUAGUGUAAAUCUCGCUUCACCGCAUGCUGAAGAUACAUCAUGUUUGAUGGAAUAAUAAAGUAUAAGUUAAACAUUUUCCUUA